AGGAGGAGACAGAGGCUGAGAGGGAGAGCACAAGGCAUAGAUGGGGAGCGAGCACUGAGACAGAAGUAGUUGGCAUGACUGAGAUCUGCACACAAACGUGAGCAAAGAAGGGAGGAGGGAGGAGAGGGGAGGUUGAAGGAGAGCCGGAGGAGAGGAAGAGAGAGAGAGAGAGAGAGAGAGAGAGAGAGAGGGAUGCAAGAUGAUGGAACCCAGAAAUAGGCUUCACAAGGCAGCUCCUCAUCCCGGCUCUCUGCGGCAGACGUGACUCUGGGCACUGGACUGUGCUGAAAUUAGCCAGGGGGACAACACAGGACAGCAGGUCUGCAGCAGCACACACCGCCUUGGUUCAGCAUCACUGGAUGCAGCUCGGCAGCUGAUUUAUUACUGAGGGGCUGGGUGGUAUAGCGUGUUUGUGUGUGCGGCUCUGAGUGUGUGUAUGCAGGGAUUUUAUGGGUUCUUGAAGUGCUCGGAGCUGUGGGAGCAACCAUUCCUUCAAUCGUAAAAUGACAUUCAGCAGGCAGGGGCUUUGUGUGCUGGUGUGCAUCUGCAGUCCUCAGUAGGAAGUGGGAGAGUGGGAUUGUCAUCGAGUGCAAGUGUGUGUCUUGUCGGUGCUGUUUACUGAGGUGAGCCAAGCAGGAGCAGAUAUAUGCAGUGUGUGUGUGUUUAGGUUAGAGUAGCAAGGGUGCAGCAAAGGCAAAGAUCCUACACAAUGCAAGGACAAGUGCAGAGCAGCACUGAUGGCAGGGAGUGCAGCUGAAGUACAAGGAGUGCCCUGUGGGUAGGGUGGAGGACGAAGGCAGGGACGGACGGAGGAAGAGGAGAGAAGAGCGAGGGGACGAAGAGAGGCGAACGGAACAGAGAGGGUGAUCAUGGCUGUCAUAUGGUGAGCUAUAGCAUAUGCUGUAGCGCAGAACAGACUGGUGCGGCAGGGAGAGGACAAGCAUCACUGCAUAGGGGAGGGGGAGAGGCUGGGGGAGAGAGGAGGGGGAGGCAAUCAGCUCAGCACCUCUCCUCCACCAAGGAAGAGGAGCACAACGGGACGGGCCCAGGAGAAGACACUCAGUCACACACACAAACAGUCAAAGACACACUGACGGGGGGCCAGGUCUGCUUGCAGAGGUCAAAAGGGAGCUGGUGUGUGACAGAGGGGGUUGUGGGUACCUCCGCUGGUUGGCAGGUCCACAAGAGCUCAGGCUGGUCCUGAGAAGAAGAAGAAGAAAAAGAAGAGGAGGAGGAAGGAGUCUGUUGGAGAGAGUGGGGUCGGAGCCCCAGGUGCUUUUUCCUCUGACAGCUCUGCCACUUUUCCAUCACCAUGGGAGAAUGGACGAUUUUGGAGAGGCUGCUGGAGGCGGCUGUCCAGCAGCACUCCACCAUGAUUGGAAGGAUCCUGCUGACAGUGGUGGUGAUUUUCCGGAUCCUGAUAGUCGGCAUAGUGGGGGAGAAGGUGUAUGAAGAUGAGCAAAUCAUGUUCAUCUGCAACACCAUGCAGCCUGGCUGCAACCAAGCCUGCUACGACAAGGCCUUCCCCAUCUCGCACAUCCGCUACUGGGUCUUUCAGAUCAUCCUGGUGUGCACACCGAGCCUGUGCUUCAUCACGUAUUCUGUUCAUCAGUCCGCCAAGGCACGUGACCGAAGCUAUUCUCUCCUGCAUCCGUAUAUGGAUCACCAUGGUCACGGUCACCACGGUCGCCAUCACGAUCAUCACGCUCGCAAGCUUCACUCUCGCAACAUCAAUGGCAUCCUGAUGCACCCUGACAGCAGUAAGGAGGAUCACGACUGCCUGGAGGUCAAGGAGAUCCCCAAUGGACCCAGAGGACUCCCUCAAACACAUAAGAGUUCUAAAGUGCGACGGCAGGAAGGCAUCUCGCGUUUUUACGUCAUCCAGGUAGUGUUCCGAAACGCGCUUGAGAUUGGCUUUCUGGCCGGCCAGUACUUCCUGUAUGGCUUCAACGUACCAGGGAUGUUUGAGUGUGACCGGUACCCAUGUGUGAAGGAGGUGGAGUGUUACGUGUCUCGUCCCACAGAAAAGACCGUGUUUCUGGUCUUUAUGUUUGCUGUGAGUGGCAUAUGUGUGCUGCUCAACCUGGCUGAGCUCAACCACCUUGGCUGGAGGAAGAUAAAGACGGCCAUGCAAGGGGUGCAGGCUCGAAGGAAGUCCAUUUGUGAAGUGCGCAAGAAGGAUGUUUCACACCUGUCCCAGGCCCCCAACCUGGGCAGGACCCAGUCCAGUGAGUCAGCCUACGUCUGACAGAGGCUUGUCAGCCUGGGGGCUUGAGGACCUCUUAAAUUUUGUAGAAGAGCUUUUCCCCGGCCCAGGACCCCAGACCAUUAGGGCACAAAACUCACCACUGCAUUAUUAUUCAGGAGCACAGACGGACAGACUGUGUGGUCAUGAUAAGGCAUCAAUUUACAAAGUAAAGACUUUGACACUUGAAGAGAGAUGAAUCACUUUCCUCGAAAAAAGCAACUGUGGUGCUGAAACAAAGCGUUCUGCUCUGCCUAGGGACACUAGGUGCCUUCAAAGAACCCAACAUAUACAACUGAGCAAUUAAUUAACACUUAAUGAAAUCAAAUUAAAAUGAAAAGAACAAUGUCUGAGGUCGAAUUAUCUGUUUUUUCAUUAUUUGCCUUUGCUGUAGGUCAGAAAUAAUCCCCUCAGUUUCUAGUUAUAUUUGCAUAUGCAAGAGCUUAAGCGUGUGCAUGCAUACGCAUGUGUAUGGGGAAAAAAGCCAAUCUCUGACUUUGAGACCGAAAAAUGAAUGCUAAGCUAAUCCGAGCUACUGAGAGAAAGAUAAUGUUAUUUCUCAUUGUCCAUAGUCUUUGAGUGGAGCCAUUUGGCAGACGAACAAGCAUCUUUUUAACAAGUACUAAGAAACUUACACAAAGUCAAACACAAAAAAAACAGCAGUAUUAAAACUGUCAGUGUAAACUGGUAUUUGACACAUUACAGUAUUUGUUGUCACUAUUCUUCUUCAUAUUCUUCCCUUCUGACUACAUUCUAAUGUUGCCCAGGAGCUUUGCUCAAAGUGAGACACAUUGUAUAGAUGAGUUAGAUUUACUUUUCAAUAUGGUGUUUCGCACUGCAGUGCUCCCAACGCCUGCAAGGUAUGCUGUUUACUCUCAGAACUGUGUGCCAUCAGUGUUUCCACUUUAGUUUGUAAAGUGCGAUCACUGAUUAAGGAGAUUAAUGGAGUUGAAUUAAGAAAUGUUUUGUUUUUCAACUUAACAGGACAAGUGUUGUAAUCACAAAUAUUUUAAUGUGUAAUCUCAAGCUUUUUUUCACAAGCAGAUUUGGUGCCAUAUUUUUUUUUUUUUUCAAAGUUACUGUACAUAGAUGAAAUGUAUUAAGUACAAGUAGCCUUUUCCCUGUGCCGUACCGAGGGGCUUCACUUGGAUGGGGGAACAGGGAUCUGGGUGGUAAUGAAGAUUAAUCUUAGAUUGCCAGCUUUAACAAUAUGUAUUAUUAACAUGCUUUUUGUUAAGCCUUCACCCUCUAAUGGAGAGUAUACGUUCAGAAAAGUGUUUUCCCCUAUGGACUUUGAAAAAGGCAUGUUACUCAAGCAUUAAUAGAAUGGAUAGAUUAUGACAUGUAUUUAAAAGAGACUGUUUAAUUUAUUUGCAUCCUGCUCCUGUGAAAUGUAAUACUCAGCAUGCAUGAAGAUGAAAAAUAUAAAGAGGUAUCAACAUAGACUCCCGUUGUGGGAAUAUUGAAAGAGAAUAAUUGAAAGGCUCCUGAAC